AUGUCGCAAAAGCCAGCAGUACCAGGUGUCAAACCAACACGCUAUGGCUUCCCAAAAGAAGGCCCGUAUUCACUAUCCUACUGGCUCCAAGGCGUCCAGGGCGAUCCCCUUCUAAACCACCGCACGACACCCGAGUUACCUUCAGCAGCAGAUAUAGUCAUAAUCGGCUCUGGCUUGUCGGGAACACUAAUCGCCAACCACUGUCUCAAAACCUUCCCCAACAAGAGCAUCAUCGUCCUCGAAGCGCGGGAAUUCUGCUCUGGCGCCACAGGUCGAAACGCAGGACACUGCAAGCCCGACCAAUGGCGCGGGUUCAGUGCGUACGAAGCGGCGUUUGGGACGGAGCAGGCUCUCAAAAUCCUCGAAAAUGAACAGGCGACCUGGUCUGCACUCGUGGAGUAUAUAAAACAAAACAACAUCGACUGUGAUCUCUGGGUCGGCGAUACGCUCGACGUCCCCGUAACACCUGAAGUCGCAGACGCUGCAAAGACAAACUUUGACCGGUUCAAGGCUGCCGGGGGGAAGAUUGACCAUAUCAAGGUCACGCAUGAUCCUGUGGAAGCACGAAAGAUAUCACACAUCAAAUCCGCACAAGCCUGCUACGCCUGGUCCGCAUCAACCCUGUACCCGUGGAAACUAACAGCGCACAUAAUGCGCGAGAACCUAGCAAAAGGCGUCAACCUGCAAACACGCACCAAAGCAACCAACGUCGCCGGAACUUCAGAUCCAGCCCAACUCGAGUCGCAGUCCCAGUCCCAGGGGAAAUGGAAAUGGGUUGUCCAAGCCACCCGUGGCGCCAUCCACUGCAGCCAAGUCAUCCACGCCACAAACGCCUACAGUUCCGCCCUAGAGCCGUCCCUGCGCGGGCUCAUAUACCCCUCGCCACACAUGUGUAACCGGAUAAAGCCGCCGGUGGAAUUCGACCACUCCAACCCAACCGGCUUAACUAAUUCCUACGGCGUGCUGUUACCGGAGGGAGGACUAUUCAGUAUCAACCCGCGCCGCACAAACGAAGGAUCGUCCACAGAAGGAUCAGUGCUCUUUGGCGGAAGCAACCCCGGCCAAGCGGCGUUUGAGCGGUGGGUGAAUGAACCGGGGUAUCCGGAGCGGGGGGUUGAUGAUGAGAUCGAGGUGUUUGGGGCUGUGACGGAGGCAGUGAGGGAGUUUUCUGAGGGGGAGAUUGUAGGCUGGAAGGCGCAGUUUCGGGUUGAUGGGUGGAGUGGGAUUAUUGGCAGGAGCGUCGACAAUGUACCCUGGAUAGGAGAAUUACCAGGCCUACCGGGUCAAUGGGUUUGUGCUGGGCACAACGGACAUGGAAUGGCACGCAUAUUCACCGCCGCACCAGGCCUCGUCAAGCUCAUGGCCGGGCAUCCAUGGGCAGAAACGCAGCUGCCGGACGUGUACCGGAUUACCCCAUCGCGGGUGAAUACCCUGAAGCAGCGUCUUGGACAGGAUAGUGGAGAUAAGUCUCAUCUCUGA